CAGUUUUUUUUUUUUUAGACAAUUAAGAAGCUUCUGACAAAUUUUGAAAAGGAGGAAGAUUUUAGUGGGCGGUUCCGGGGAAUAAGCGACAGCGCGAUGUUCUUCCUAGGUUUCACUCUAUCACUUCUCAUCACACUGUAGUUUCACUGAGCAAACUGCUGUCUGCAUUUCGGGAGCAAUGAAGGCACAUGGCAAACUGUUCACAAACACGGCGCUGCUGGAGACUACCAGGAUGAUCCUGCUUCUUUUCUUUCUUAUUACGGGCACUUGCACCGUGACACCCAAGAUGAUCUAUGUCAAAGUUGGGGAGCUGGUGACAUUGCGUUGCAGAGAGAGUGAGCAGGAUGGUACUUUGAUGCUCUGGAAAAAGGAGACUGACCAGAAGAUGCACCUGUACAGCAACAUGUCGGCAUCUGAGCAGCAGAAGCUGGGUUUGGUUGUUUAUCAGAACAGCCUUGUCAUUCUCAGUGCGUCAGUAAACCAUCAGGGGAAUUACUCAUGUGGUCCUCUCAGCAAUACCAGCAGCCAGAUGUUUUACAGACUUAUAGUGUGCUCAAAAGAGUCCAAAGAGUGUAACAUCAGGAAGAGGUACGAUCAGACAUGUUACACAAACGAAGCCUGCAUACUGUCUUGUCCUGACGAACAAUUCCUUCCUGCUGGAGUCCCCGGCAUAACGAGCAAUGAAACCAAAUGGCACAAGGAGAAUGGUGAGCCAUCAGAACCUUAUUUCCCAAGUGUUGAAUUAGAGGCAAGUGGAGUCUACAUCUGCACCCGGUCUUACUUGUAUUCUGGUGGAAUAUAUAAUAUUUCCUUAACAAGGGUACUUGAUGUCCAAACAGGAGAGCUUCAGUCAAACGUAAGAAUCUAUUCACCUAAGAAUGGUCAAAUUUUUGAAGUAGAACUUGGCACAAGAGUGACGAUUGAUUGCAAAGCAAACAUAGAUUCCUGCCAAAAUGGCCUGUUUUGGAUACAUGGCACGGAUUUUGUGGAUAGCGGAGACUAUGAGACAGAUUCAUGCAAUGAGAGUGCAGUGAUGCCACAAUGGAGGACAACAACUUUAAUUUUCAAAGAAAUAUCACAGGCAAAUCUGUCCACAAAUUUUACCUGUAAACUUGAAAGUAACAAAAAAAAUCCAUCUAUUGUCAACAUCAUCCUCUUUAAAAAAGCUCAACCUUCAUACAGGAUGGUAACUAUUUGCACUGUCUGCAUUGUGGUGUUGAUGGUGGUGACUGUUGUUAUUUAUGUGAAGUUUAAAAUCGAUGUCACCCUUUUCCUACGAGACAAAGUUGGUUUUAAACUUUGCCAAAGCAACACCUCGGAUGGAAAAAGCUUUGAUGCAUUUUUGAUGUGUUACAAAAGCUACACUGAUGGAGGACUGAGUGAAGCAGACAGAAAAUGUCUGGCGACUACUUUGGAAGAUCAGUUUGGUUACAGCCUCUGUCUUUAUGAUCGAGAUGUAUUACCUGGUCAAGCUAUAGCUGAGGUCGUGUUAGACUGCAUAGAGCAGAGCCGGGCUGUGGUUUUGGUUCCCAGCUUUCCAGAUCCCAAAACAGGAAGCGGAGUACUAAGUGCCAUCCAUGCUUCUCUUGUGGAGCAGAAGACUCGCCUGAUUUUCAUAAACACGGAGCAGACGGAGGCGUCGAGAUCAGGCUCAUUUCCAGAGGCCUUGCAGCUUCUCAGUUAUUCCGGAAAAAGUGUCACCUGGAAGGGAGGGCCACCCUCCUCCUGCUUCUGGAAGCAGCUACGCUAUCACCUACCGGCCCCACAGCAAGCACCAAAAAUGCAACUUUUACCACAAGGAUGUUAGGGUGAUACCUGAUGUCUAAUUAGUUCAAACAUAUGAAAGACGAACACCUGGUAUUUUAUUUAUACAUUAACAAAAUAAUGCAGAAAUCAAUUUUAUACAUGUUAUUUUUAUAUUUAAAUUCCCAUGUUCAUAUAUGACCCCGGAUUUCAUACCAGUGAAAGCCAAACAUAAUUAGUAUUUAAAAAGUUUGGACCUACCAGUGACCCAGCUUCUCUACUUCAGUGAGGGCCCAUGACUGUUACUAUUUGAAUGAUGGGACCACAGCUGCCUUAUACCAGCGACCUCAAGGAUUAAUAUUAUCAUUUUUCUUCUAGCACAGGAUGAAUUCCUUACCAUUAUGAGGGCUUAAUGAGGUAAUUACCUCUAUUAGAAAGAUUGGAUUAGAACCAGCUCUUACCAGUAAACUCCCAAAGAUUAUUAAUGUCAUUUGAUUUGUUUUUCUGUGUUUGAUUUUCUGUAUCAUUGUAAUGUUUUUCCUCUUGUGCAGCGCUUUGAGUGCCUUGUUGCUGAAAAGCGCUAUAUAAAUAAACUUGACUUGGACUCUACAGAGCACCUCAAUGCAAUAAGCUCCUAUUAGCUGUGAAUACCUGGUAUGUAAAAAUGUUACAAUAAUUUAUCAUGUUUUUGUAUCAGUACUAUUUGAUUACUUGAAGUUGUCGAAAUAAUGUGUAAAAUGAACAGCCAAAUGUGAAAUAAUCUAAGUUUUUUUUAUUGUAUCUUUACAUUUUUGUUUCCAUUUAUAAACUGCAUUUUGCUGCAGUCUGUUUGUAUUGUCAUCAGCCACUGUUUCUGUUGCUGCCUUUGCUGCAUCAUUAAAUACCUCCUUGGGCUGUUUUCAGCUA